CUGGCUUCCUUUCUGGUGUUUACUACGGGGAGCAGCCUGCUCAGAGCUCACAGAAGGCUUGCCCCUCGUCCCAGGCAGAGAGCAAGCCAGGCCCUUCCCCAGAGCCGGCAGGGCCGCCUCCUCCGGGAGCCUCGCUCACUGCCCUCCCCCAAGCAAGUCUGAACCUGAGCCACCAUGGUCCCCACAGAAGCCACAAGCCUAAUCCCUAACCUGUCAGAUGACUACGCCUACGAUGGCACGCCGCCCAUGGAGUAUGACGGCAACUUCACGGACUACUUCUGUGAGAAAAGCCAUGUCAGGCAGUUUGCUGGCCACUUCCUCCCACCCCUGUACUGGCUCGUGUUCAUCGUGGGGGCCGUGGGCAACAGCCUCGUCAUCCUGGUCUACUGGUACUGCACGAGAGUGAAGACCAUGACCGACAUGUUCCUUCUCAACUUGGCCAUCGCCGACCUUCUCUUUCUCGCCACCCUGCCCUUCUGGGCCAUUGCCGCCGCUGACCAGUGGAAAUUCCAGACCUUCAUGUGCAAGGUGGUCAACAGCAUGUACAAGAUGAACUUCUACAGCUGCGUGCUGCUCAUCAUGUGCAUCAGCGUGGACAGGUACAUCGCCAUCGCGCAGGCCAUGAGAGCGCAGAUGUGGAGGCGGAAAAGGCUCCUCUACAGCAAGAUGGUCUGCUUCACCGUCUGGGUGAUGGCGGCCGCACUCUGCCUCCCGGAACUCCUGUACAGCCAAGUCAAGGAGGAGCACGGAAUUGCUAUCUGCACCAUGGUCUACUCCAGCGACGAGAGUACCAAACUCAAGUCGGCUGUCUUGACCCUGAAGGUCAUCCUGGGCUUCUUCCUCCCCUUUGUGGUCAUGGCUUGCUGCUACACCAUCAUCAUCCACACCCUGAUCCAGGCCAAGAAGUCUUCCAAGCACAAGGCCCUGAAGGUGACCAUCACUGUGCUCACCGUCUUUGUCCUGUCCCAGUUCCCCCACAACUGUGUUCUGCUGGUGCAGACCAUCGAUGCCUACGCCAUGUUCAUCUCCAGCUGCGCCCUCUCCAUCAAAAUUGACAUCUGCUUCCAGGUCACUCAGACCGUGGCCUUUUUCCACAGUUGCCUGAACCCUGUUCUCUACGUUUUUGUGGGCGAGAGGUUCCGCCGGGAUCUUGUGAAGACCCUGAAGAACCUGGGCUGCAUCAGCCAGGCUCAGUGGGUUUCAUUCACGAGGAGAGAGGGAAGCCUGAAGCUGUCAUCUAUGCUGCUGGAGACAACCUCGGGGGCUCUAUCCUUCUGAGGUGGCUUCUCUGAGUUGAGCGGUCCUUUUGGAAGUGUCAAGAAAUUCAGACACAGCUUCCCUUACUGAUAGGCCAGAGAGAAAGUGGAGAAGGAGAAGGAAUGAGAAAAGGGAGGUAGAAAACUCAGAAAGGGAUGAAUUUGAAUAGCAUUAUUACUUUUGGUCAGGAUUUGCCAAGUUGGACUCUUUAAAACUGACUGGCCAUCCCAGGAGACUGCUGACUGGCUCCUGGCUGCAAAGCCUGUGGUUUUCAGAGGAGGAUUAAUGAACGACAGACACCACAGGCCCCCGAGGCUUUGCCACUUGCCUGAGCAUUAAUGCAGCUGUGCCCUGGAGGAGGCGUUUGAUUUCUCGGAGCAAUGGGAAUCGCUGUGGCUUCAGUUCUGACGCAAUCUCUUCCAAAAGAAGACACAGAAGCAUCGGCCAUUGCCACAGUCCAUGAAUACACAAGGCUUCAUGAAAGCUUCUGUCUUUGGAGAAUUUCUACUCUGGUUUUGGAGGCUGAUACCCAUGGCAGGUGUUGCUCUAGAAUCCUUCCAAACAAUCUCAGAUCUAAUUCCCUUCUGCUCUCCUUGAUCUAUUCUGGGCCAGUUGGGUCCUUGUUCCUGUUCUGAAACUAUCUGCAGCACUGGUCAUUGAGCCUCUGGGUAACUGACCAUACCAGCAUGUCACCUGAAUUCUGCUGGCUUCCAACCCACGUCUUCUGGAGGCUCUGUGAUUCCUCACCUGGCUGCCACGCUGAUCUGGGCAGGAUUCAGCUUGUCCCUUGGUGCCAUGGAAGUGGUCUUCACAACCCGUGCAGGGAGAGUAAGAACCUGGGUUGGUGGGGACCUGGCUCCAUUAGAGCUCACUCUGUUGAGUGGCUGGUAGGAUGGUCUACUCUACCUGCUCCCUAUACAAUGGACUGGCCCUAUUUGCCCUCUUGUUUCUGAGGCCACUGGAAGGAUAUCUGCCUCCAUGCUUCUCUUUUUCAUAUUGUAUAAUGCUAACUUUUUUUUUUUUUUAAGAUUUCAACAUAGAGAUUAGCCUGAAAAAAAAAUAAUGUAAUUUACCUUUGUGUCUCUUUUUACUAUUUGGCAAAUUUAUCACAUUAAAAAUUUUCAGUCAUUAGAAAAGUGCUUUUUAAAUGACUGUUUACAAAUAUCCAUUACUUUACACUUUUUUUUUUUUACCCUGUCUCUAUAUUUUAAAUGUGUAUAGAGAUCAAACAGCCAUAUUAGAGAAUGAAGAAUAAGAGACUGGGAUAAGGAAAUAACACUUCAAAAAUACCAUAAAACCAUUUUGGCUGAACAAUUUAUAGUUUCUUCUCUGGGCAAACUUAUCUCCCAAGUUUCUCCAGGUGAGUCCAUUGGCAUUCCCAAAGCAGACGAUUAGAGCAGGACCAUGAACCAUCCCGGCUUUGCCACUUGCUUCAGAGAAGGCAUCUCGUUUUCCCAGUGGGCUGUGAAUUGCUGUGGUUUCGGUUCCAAGGCCAUCCCCUCCAAACGGGACGCCGAAGCACUGGACUCUGCAACAGUGUCCUUUCCCCCGCCCACUUCUAAACUACACGUCAGUGAGGAAUGAAGUGAGCAGAAAGUGGACAGCAACAAGGAGAGCAAGAGACAAUACAAAGGCCUUGCCAACACACCCCAAGUGUGAGCAGUUGGUGGCAAACAAGCAUUGGCCUGGGACCAGCAGGUCAACAGGGGUCCCAGCACAAUAAGAACCACCUAGAGUCAAGGAGAGGAUGACCGUCCCAAGGCAGUCUACAGACAGAGCUGUCCAUGUGGCCACCUUUUCCAGAAGAAGACUCAUAUCCAUUAGAAUAAGCAACAGGAAUGGGCCACACCUAAAUAACUCUGUGCAGUUCUGUGGAAGAACUUGACUGGCAUUCAUCCCAUGCCCUUUUGAUACUGCGGUUCUGGUACUAUAUGUCCACUGGAGCUGAGGGUGGGGGUAGGGAUGGAAGCAGGGAGGAGUGAGCCACGACUGUGCUUGUUCAAUCUCCUCCAGCCUAGAGUCACUUAUGGGACACCAUGAUGGAGAUUAAGUUCAGAGGCAGUCUGAACUACAUGUUAGUUUUGCCAACAAAGGUACAUGCAGUCAAAGUUAUGGUUUUUCCAGUAGUCACAUACGGAUGUGAGAGUUGGACCAUAAAGAAGGCUGAGGACCGAAGAAAUGAUGCUUUCAAAUUGUGGUGCUUGAGAAGACUCUUGAGAGUCCCUUGGACUAUAAGGAGAUGAAAUCAGCCAAUCCUAAAGGAAAUCAACCCUGAUGAUUCAUUGGAAGGACUGAUGCUAAAGCUCCAAUACUUUGGCCACCUCACACAAAGAGCCAACUCACUGGAAAAGACCCUGAUGCUGGGAAAGACUGAGGGCAGGAGGAGAAGGGGGCAACAGAGGAUGAGAAGGUUGGAUGGCAUCACUGACUCAAUGGACAUGAGUUUGAGUAAACUCCAAGAGCUAGUGAAGGACAGGGAAGCCUGGAAUGCUGCAGUCCAUGGGAUCACAAAAAGUCAGACAUGGCUGAGCGACUGAACAACAACAACAGAGGUAGAUAAGGCUUUGACCAAUGUACAUUAGUUGAGAAAACAAUGUCAUGGACUCUACUGUUCCCCCCUCUGAUUUUUAGGAAAGGAGAUGAAUGCCGUAAGAACCACGAACCCUGUACUGAGCAUGAUGACCACACUUAGUUCCAAGGGCCUCCUUUAGCACCCGACUGACUGUCCCAGUUCUACCACAGCUUCGAAGCAGGGUUAAAGAUGCACUGCAGCUGUAUUAUAUUUUAAAGAUUUUUAGUAUCGUUUGUUGGUAAGUUAGUUUUUACGCAUAAAUAGGACCAUUCUACAGUCAAAUUAAACUAGGUCUUAGAAGUAGGUAUAUCCUAAGAUAAAAACAUUGGAAGAAUCUGCAAGGGUACACCCACCAGGACACCCAUUCAACAUUUCUAGAAAAUAUGUCUGUGAGUACUUUUCUGAAAUAAUGAUAAAAGAGGAUUAUAAUAUAAUUACAUUUUAGAGGAACUCUAUAGAUCAGAAAAAAUCAGGAAACUGAAUGAAAUAUAUCAAGAAAGAUACUGCUUAACCAAUUAAAAAUUUUUUAUGACUAAUCUCAAGUCAACACAUCACAAUGUGUACAUUCAAAGGGGAAUGUUGUUUUGAUGUAAGAUGUGAGAUAUGGAUGUCAGAGUUGGACUAUAAAUAAAGCUGAGCACCGCAGAAUUGAUGCUCUUGAACAGUGGUGUUGGAAGACACUUGAGAGUCCCUUGGACUGCAAGGAGAUCCAAUCAGUCCAUCCUAGAGGAAAUCAGUCCUAAAUAUUCAUUGGAAGGACUGAUGCUAAAGCUCCAAUACAGUCUGUCUCAAAGUGAGGUCUGGUCAAGGGGUGCUAAAUGACUUUGACAAAAGGGAGAUUAUCAUGGCCUCCAGUAUCUGCACCUCACACAUUUUAGACACUCCAAAGAAAUCUCUCUAUUCAUUUGACAAAUAGUUACUGAUUGCUUACUAUGAGUGAUUAAUAGAUAGCAUGGUUUUAGAAUUAUCAUCACAACCAAGACGUGGUGGUUCUGCAACAGGUUCCUUGGCCCGACUCCAGAUGGCCCUCCUAUUCCAACUGUGGUCUGAGCCCAGCAACCUCCCGGGACAGGGACUGUCUCUCUAAUCAAUUCUGUAUUAUUGUUACAGACAGCCCACAUAGCUAAUGUCCCUUUCAAUGUCUGCGUUAUAAAAACCUACAAAAGACAAGCAAAGGUUUCUCUACAACAUGUGACUCUUUGUGAGUUCCCCUCCACUCUUGACAUACUUGGGCUUCCCAGGUGGCGCAAGUGGUAGAGAACCCGCCUGCCAAUGCAGAAGAUGUAAGAUACACGGGUUCAAUCCCCAGGUCGGGAAGAUUCCCUGGAAGAGGGCGUGGCAACCCACUCCAGUAUUCUUGCCUGGAGAAUCCCAUGGACGAGGAGCCUGGUGGGCUACAGUCCAUAGGGUCACAGAGAGUUGGACACGGCUGAAGUGACUUAGCAUGCACAUAGCCUCAUGCCGGGCUGGCAAGAUGUCUCUGCCCAAGCCUAUUUCCUCCUACUUCCCUUCACAGUUGGCAACCCCGAACAGACAUUUGCCAUCAAGAUUCCAUCUCAGCAUCUGCUUCUAGAGAAGUCAGCUUGCAACAAGCUUUACCUCAGGGGCUGGCAACAGCAAAAACACAUUUGAGACCUGUUGGGCAAAGAGCACAGGGUACCCAGAGCUACAGAGUGUUCUGUGAGCAUCCAUCACAGAACCCAUCUCAGGAGGCUGGGAGCAGAGGCCUGCCUGGUCUUAAUUCAACCAUCAGCAGACCGCUGUGCACACCAACAGCCUGCCAGGCCCCGUGGGUACCGGGCAGACAUGGGCUCUCCUCUUCCGGCUGUCAUCUCCUGCUAGCUUGCUUUGUGCCAGGUAGAUAAUACUGUACGUAACUCAACCAUUUUACAGAUGAAGGGGCUGAGCGCUUCUGAGAUCAGGAACCCACCCAGCAUCACACUGUAGCAAGCGACAAGGCUAGGACAUGAUCCCGGGCAUGUCUGGCACUCAAGCCGUGGCUUUCGCCCACCAGGCUGUCCCACCUUGCGUGCGUGACACGGUCAGACAAAUCGGCCACUGCUUUGAAGGCUUGACCAAAAAUGUGCCGAGUACCAGGCUGAGUACCAGGGGCUGCAAAGACGCAUGGGCAGACUGGGCCGGCACUGCUUUAGAUACCACUGCGCACAAACUCUCAACAAUGACACGUGACAGCUGAGGCCCUGCUGAGCCCUCUGUCAAAACUGGGCCAUGGGAUGAUGGCUUCAUUCUCACAGCCUCGAGAAGGUUCCCCUCUUCUCCCUCUCACAGGCUCCUCCCCAAACACGUGCAGCCGUGGAGCCUCAAAUUCUUCGUGCAGGAGCCACAGAUUCCACUGCAGGUCUGAGGAUGUGCAGAUCCAACGACUCCGCACCCAAAACCUGGCCAGAAUUCUGGACACCCACCUGUCCUCCUCACCCCACGCUGUCCCCACUGGUCUUCCUAGCUCCUAUCUCACAAACAGUCCAUCUGCCUGCUGGACGCCACCUCAAAGUGCGUCAAUACCACAGGGAACAGAAGAAGCAUCCUAUCAAGCCCUACUCAAACUCCUGACCCAUAAAAUCAUGAGAUACAAUAAAAUGGUUAUUAUUGUUUUCAACCACUGAGUUUUGGGGGCAAUUUGUUACAUAGCAGUUGAUAAGCAGAAUACCAAGGAGCCAACAAUUUUACCAUUAGUCUUUCAAAUCCAACGCAAUGACGUGACCAACCUAGGUUGAACCCCCAGGAGCUCAUGGCUCAGAC